UUUAUUACAAAAUGGAAUUAAUUGUGUUCAGUUAACAAAGCUAGUAAUUUUAAUCUGAUUACAGUUUACUUAAUACAUUGUCGUAGGUAAAAUAGAAGGCUAUAAAGUAUUUGCCUCAGUUUUAAAAUGUUCUAAAAAUAUACAAUCUAUAAUUGUACAAAUUUAUAUGAUUGAGAAAACUUGUAAACGCAUGGCUCUUUAUAUUUGUUAACAAGCUAAGAGUUAGAUUACCUUUAUUACAGCAAAGUACAAAAAACCUAAUAAUUAAAUGAUUAUUAGGAUUGACAACGCACUCAGAGUAUCAGAAUCACGCUUACAUUGUUGAGAUUGCAAAUUGAAUUAAUUUAUUUAUCACGAUUGGAAAUUGUAGCAAACAGGGGAUUUGAAGUAAGAUAUUUUAAGAUUAAAUUUAGCUAGUGUGUACAAUUUAUGGGCGAUCUGAAUGA